GGCGUGCAGGCGCCUCUCCAUCCCGGACACGAAUGGGGUUGCUCUGGUGGGGGGCGGCGGCCUUGCUGCUGGGGGGCUCUUCCGCUCACACCCUGCUGUAUUUCUACACGGGCGUGUCGGAGCCCGGCCCAGGGCUGCCCCGGUUUGUCGCGGUGGGGUACCUGGACGACCAGCUCUUCCUCCAGUACGACCGCCGCACCGGGCGGGCCCUGCCCCGAGUCCCCUGGGCAGAGGAGGUGAGCAAGGAGGACACGCGCUACUGGCAGUGGAUGACCCAGAACUUCCGGGACACGGAGCGCACCUUCGGGGUGGCCCUGGUGACGGUGCCGCAGCGCCACAACCAGAGUGGGGGGUUUCACACUUUCCAGUGGAGGGUCGGCUGUGAGCUGAGGAGCGAUGGGAGCAAAGGAGGGUACUCCAAGUUCGGCUACGACGGGAGGGACUACAUCAGCCUGGACAUGGAGACCCUCACCUGGACGGCACACGACCCUGCAGCCCAGAACGCCAAGAGGUUGUGGGACGCCAACGCGGCACGGAACCGGUACUUCAAGACCUACCUGGAGGAGGUCUGCACCAUGUGGCUGCGGAGACACCUGGCCUACGGGAACGAGACUCUGCUGCGGGCAAAGCCCCCGGUGGGGAAGGUGACGCGCAGGGCGGGGGGCAACGGCACGGAGACCCUCCUCUGCCGGGCCCACGGCUUCCACCCCAAGGAGAUCGAUGCUGUCUGGACGAGGGACGGGGAGGUCUGGGCCCAGGACACCUUCCGUGGCAUCGUGGCUCCCAACGCCGACGGGACCUACUACACCUGGCUCAGCGUCAGGGUCGACCCCCGGGACCGGCGGCGCUUCCGGUGCCACAUUGAACACGACGGCCUGCGGCACCCUCUGGACUUGGCCUGGGAGGAGCCUGGCGCAUCCCAGUUGGGGCUCCUUCUUGGGUGCAGCUUGGCAGCCGCCCUGAUUGCCGUGAUCGUCCUUGGGCUGUGUCUGUGCAAAAAACGUCGAGAAGGCUAUGAAGCUACAACAGUAGUGUGACAGAGGCCUUCCGACAUCCUUCGCGCUCCUGGGCGGGCAGCUGAUCCUCCCAGAUCUGUCAGGAGUGGAUCCUUCUGCCCCCUGGCGGGGACUUCUGUACCUCCUACAAGUUAGCUGCGACUGGUUUAAAUUUGGGAUCCCUCUUGCUCGUGCAGAGCUUUUGCCUGAGAAAUUUGAUCACAAAUUUAGGGGCAUGGCACAUGUUCUGAUACAACAGCAGACUUGAGAGAGCAACGGAUCGACUUCGUGGAGCGUGCCGCCUGCGCCCGGAUGCCCCCCCCCCCCACGUGCGCCCUCAGCCUUUGCUCUUGUCCGGAUGGAU